AUGGAAAAACCAAAAGCUGGGUGUUUUGUGUCCCGAUUUGUGGGUAUCGUGAUUAUCGUGACCGUGGCAUUGUUAAUAACUGGCGCCGUGCUCAUCGCAUAUUACGUACCGCAGUGUGACGAAGUGGAGCCGGCCGAACGGUCCGUGGGAUUACCGCCAGAACCAGAUAUACCAGAGGAAUCGUUGGAACCGUUCUAUGGACGACUGCCAGAUACAUUGUUGCCGGUACAUUACAACUUGUAUAUAAAAACGUAUUUGGACGAUGAGGAUGGACCUGACUUGCAAUAUACUUUUUCUGGAACCGUAGAAAUACUGAUAAAUUGUUUAAAAUCGACUGACGUUAUCACUUUGCACGCCCAUGAGAGCGUAACUGUGAUUUCGGCGACGCUGACACCGGAGGACGGAGGCGAUCCUACAGAUGAUAUCGACAUUCAACGAGAAUACGAAUUUGCUUUUGUGCAUUUUAAUUUACAGUCCAGCAUGAUAGAAGGCCAUAAUUACGUAUUGUAUGUUACAUAUACGGGGUCGCUAAAACAAAGUCCUCCUGUCGGUUACUACUACAGUGACUACGUCGUAAAUGGUACAAACAGACGAUUGGCGAGUACACAGUUGGGACUGACGUACGCACGUAGAGCGUUCCCGUGCUUCGAUGAGCCAGACAUGAAAGCCACUUUUGACGUUGCGAUGGAGUAUCGUAACACAAGACUGGCGUUGUGCAAUAUGCCUAUUAUUAGCACCACGGAGACUAGCGACGGAUGGGAGAAGACUACGUUUGAGAGAACGCCAACGAUGUCGACCUAUUUAAUAGCGUUUAUCGUGGCCGACUACGUAAACGUCACAGAUUACACGAAGAGGGGGACACCGGUGAGUGUAUGGGGUUCGAAGGAACACAUGGACAUUCUUCAGUACUCAUUGGAUAUGGCCACCAAACAGCUGCAAAUAUUUGAAGAGAUAUUAGAUGUGCCGUACGACCUUCCAAAGUUAGAUCACAUUGCCAUACCGAAAUUUUAUUUUGGUGGGAUGGAAAACUGGGGUAUUAUAAUGUACAGAGAUAGCCGCAUUACGUACGAUUCAGCCUCAGACCCGCCUUCUAAAAUGCAGAAUGUUAAUUCAUUGGUGUCCCACGAGACCGCGCAUAUGUGGUUUGGCGAUUUAGUCACGUGCCAAUGGUGGAAUCAUACCUGGCUGAACGAAGGUAUCACGAGUUUCGUUGAAUAUAUCGGCACGCACAGAACCGAACCAGAUUGGCAAGUGUUUGAACAGGUUUUUCAAUGGAGUGAUUUAUACAAAGCAUUUGGUGCUGACUCUACGGGCGAUUCCCAUCCGGUUAUCUAUCCAGUAGGAACAGAAGAGGAAGUGCUCAAUAUAUUCGACACUAUAUCAUAUCAGAAGGGUGCGAGCCUUGCUCACAUGAUGGCCGGAUUCCUCUCCAAAGAUACGCUGAACGAUGGUUUCACUUCGUAUCUUAAGGAGCAUAACCAUGACAACGUUGUGUCUGACGACUUAUUUGCGGCGCUGACAGAGGCCGAUAAAGGUGGCUCAAACUUGAACGUUAAACUCAUUAUGGACACGUGGACACUACAGAUGGGAUACCCAGUUGUAACAGUGUGGCGUGAUGCGAAUACCGCGACGAUUCUUCAUACGGAUCAACAUCACUUUUUAUUAGACCCGGAUGAUGAACCAUCUUCCAAAUAUGGAGAUUUAGGGUAUAAAUGGUACGUACCGAUUACGUACACUCAUGGAUCGGAGCAGGAAUUUAAAAGUCCUAUUCUGAAAUGGCAAAACAGAGGUCCAGCCAGCAUUGUACUUGACGGAGCCAAUGAUAACGACUGGAUAUUAUUGAACAUCAACCAGACUGGCUCUUAUCGUGUUAAUUAUCAAAAUGAUGAUUGGGAUAGAUUAGCAAACCAGUUGAAAGAAGACCAUCUAGUGAUCCCAGUCAGAAGUCGUACGGCCCUUAUAGCGGAUUCUUUUACUAUAUCCCAUGGACAUCAGUUGGACCAAGUGAUUGCCUGGAAAAUAACGGAGUAUAUGCAAAUGGAAUUGGAGUAUAAUCCGUGGAGGGCGCUGACAGAUCACAUUGGCACCACUAAGCGAAUGCUGAAGCGAACCACGGGAUAUGGCAACUAUGAGAGAUAUGUAAGAAGACAGAUCACUCCUAUGUACAAUGAACUGGGAUGGGACUUCAGUUCAGAUGAAUAUCUGCCUUAUAUGAACAGAAUAAAUGCUAUCAACACUGCAUGCGACCAUGGCAAUCUUCAUUGUAUUGAUGAAUCACUAAGACAAUAUCACAGCUGGAUGAACACGAGUGAUAACACAAUAAGAGAUGAUACAAAGUACACAGUGUACUGUACUGCUAUCAGGUACGGAGGCGAACGAGAGUGGGAGUUUGCAAUGGAAAUGUAUGAAAGUCAAAUUACCCCAGCCACAGAGAAAUCUAUUUUACAGUCGGCGAUGGCAUGUACGCGAAUAACAUGGCUCGUGUCAAGAUAUAUUGAAUAUUCGGAUACCGAGGGAUGGAUAAGUGAAGGAAUAGAUAAUGCCAGGAGGAACUCACCUGUCGGUUAUUCCAUUGCAUGGUCCUAUAUUGAAGACAACUUUGCUGAUUUGCUCGAAAGAGAUGGAAACUCUUCAUACAGCAUAGUGUGGGGUUUCUCGGAAGAUAUGAACACACAACGUGAUAAGAAUGAGUUGACCAUGUUUGGGGUAGCGUAUGCCGACAUGCCGACGGCAGCAGCUUCUGGAUUUUACGACGCCCUUCACCAAGUUGAUUUGAAUAUAGCGUGGAUGGAGAGAAAUUACGUACAACUAUAUUCGUGGUUCAUGGAAGUUACAAAGAAUGUGUAG